AUGCCGGGCAGGAGACAAGAAGAGCCAGUGUUCACCGCCUCCCUCAUCCAAGUCCAGGCUCAGCCUCAGAUCCCAGUCCUAGUGCCAGUUCUAAGCACACUGCCCUUGCAAGCCGACUUCAAAGAUGACCAGUUCCAGGGGAAGUGGUACAUCAUAGGCCUGGCGGGGAACUCAGUUUCAAAAGGAAGUGGGAAAACUCAAUACAUGUACAGCGACUCCUACAACCUGAAUGAUGACCACAGCUACAAUGUCACAACCAGAGCACUCAGGAGCCUGGAAUGUGUACAGUUGGUCAAAACCUUUGUCCCAUAUGUUGAGCAUGGCCAGUUUGUCAUGCACAAUACGACACGCUCACCAGGAUUAGACAACUAUAUCCUGAGAGUGACAGCCACUGACUACAAUCAGUUUGCUGUGAUCUACAUCGAGAAUACAUUCAAAAACACCGUGUUCUUCCAGAUCAAACUCGCAGAUCAUUCUUACUUCACAAUCUUCCUACUCCCAGAAGUCUCCCUCUUCUUGCUGACUAUAUUCCAGUCUUCUCCGUCCUCUGACACCUGUUACGACAACAUCCUGAUCUCUGCCUUCCUCAACCCUCUGUAG